AUGGAUGGGGACAAAAUUAAAAAAGCAGACCUUCCAGAGGCUGAAAAUGAUGAUUGGACACCUCUCCAUGGGGCAUCAUUCAAUGGUCACAUCGAGGAUGUACAGGUUCUCAUUGGCCAAGGAGCAGAUCUAAACAGGGAAGAUAAGGAUGGAUGGACACCUCUCGAUGCAGCAUCAUUCAAUGGUCACCUCGAUGUUGUACAGUUUCUUAUUAGUGUAGGAGCAGAUCUAAAAAGGGCCAAUAAAGAUGGUAUGACACCUCUCUACACGGCCUCAUUAAAUGGUCACCUUGAAGUUGUAGAGUUUCUCAUUGGCCAAGGAUCAGAUUUAAAUAGUGCUAGUAAUGAUGGCAGAACACCUCUCUUCGUCGCAUCAUCCAAUGGUCACCUCGAUGUUGUACAAUUUCUCAUUGGCCAAGGAGCAGAUCUAAAUAGUGCUAGUAAGGAUGGAAGGACACCUCUCCACGCGGCAUCAGCAAACGGUCACCUCGAUGUUGUAAAGUUUCUCAUUGCAAACGGUGACCUCAAUGUUGUACAGUUUCUCAUCGGCCAGGGAGCAGAUCUUAAAAGGACGGAUAAAGAUGGCUGGACACCUCUCUACAUGGCAUCAUUCAAUGGUCACCUCGAUGUUGUACAGUUUCUUAUUGGUCAAGGAGCAGAUCUAAAAGGGGCGGAUAAGGAUGGAAGGACACCUCUCUACGCGGCAUCAGCAAACGGUCACCUCGAUGUUGUACAGUUCCUCAUUGGCCAAGGAGCAGAUUUAAAUAGGCAUGGUAAUGAUGGUAGCACGCUUCUAGAAGCAGCAUCAAUCAAAGGUCACCUCGAUGUUGUACAGUUUCUCAUUGGCCAAAAAGCAGAUUUCAAAAGGGCUGGUAUUGGUGGACGCACACCUCUCCAAGCGGCAUCAUUAAAUGGUCACCUCAAUGUUGUACAGUUCCUCGUUGGCGAAAAAGCAGAUCUUAAUAGGCCAGGUAUGGGUGGGCGCACACCACUUCAAGUGGCAUCUUCCUACGGUCACCUCGAUGUUGUACAAUUUCUCAUUGGCCAAGGAGCAGAUCUAAAUAGUUCUAGUUAUGACGGCAGCACAUCUCUGGAAUUGGCAUCACUCAAAGGUCACCUCGAUGUUGUAGAGUUUCUCACUGGCCAGGGAGCAGAUCUAAAUAAUAUUGUUGGGCGCACACCUCUUCAAGCGGCUUCAUUUAAUGGUCAUCUCGAUGUCGUACAGUUUCUCAUUGGCCAAGGAGCAGAUCUAAAUAGGGCUGGUAUUGGGGGGCACACACCUCUCCAAGCGGCAUCACUCAAAGGUCACCUCGAUGUUGUACAUUUUCUCAUUGGCCACAAAGCAGAACCAAAUAGGGCUGAUAAUGACUGCAGCACACCUCUCCACGCGGAGUUUAUCGAUAAUUGUUAG